CCCACUGGACGGUUCUCCGCCCCGCUUCUCGCGUCUACCGCUGUCUCCCCAGUCGGCGCAUACAGCUCCCGUCACUCGAACGCGCGGCUGCGGUGGUGGUAGGAAGAUGGCGGAAUCCGGGGGCAGCGGCGGCAGCGCGGGUCCGGGCCAGGAGCGCCCCAGCAGCGUGGCUGAUAAGCAUGGGACUCUCAAGUGCACCUUCUCAGCCCCCGGCCACAGUGCCAGCCUCCUGCAGGGCCUGGCCGCCCUCCGUGCGCAGGGCCAGCUGCUGGACGUCGUGCUCACCGUCAGCAGAGAGGCCUUCCAUGCGCACAAGGUGGUCCUGGCUGCCUGCAGUGACUACUUCCGGGCCAUGUUCACGGGCGGCAUGCGGGAGGCAAGCCAGGACAUCAUCGAGCUGAAGGGUGUGUCGGCCCGCGGCCUGCGGCAUAUCAUAGACUUUGCCUACAGCGCUGAGGUGACGCUGGACCUGGACUGCGUGCAGGACGUGCUCGGCGCCGCCGUGUUCCUGCAGAUGCUGCCGGUGGUGGAGCUGUGCGAGGAGUUCCUCAAGGCAGCCAUGAGUGUGGAGACCUGCCUCAACAUCGGCCAGAUGGCCACCACCUUCAGCCUGGCCUCGCUGCGCGAGUCAGUGGACACCUUCACCUUCCGCCACUUCCUGCAGAUCGCGGAGGAGGAGGACUUCCUGCGCCUGCCACUCGAGCGCCUGGUCUUCUUCCUGCAGAGCAAUCGGCUGCAGAGCUGUGCUGAAAUUGACUUGUUCCGUGCUGCUGUCCGCUGGCUGCAGCACGACCCAGCCCGGCGGCCACGUGCCAGCCAUGUGCUGUGCCACAUCCGCUUCCCGCUCAUGCAGUCCUCGGAGCUGGUGGAUAGCGUGCAGACCCUGGACAUCAUGGUGGAGGACGUGCUGUGCCGCCAGUACCUACUGGAGGCCUUCAACUACCAGGUGCUGCCCUUCCGGCAGCAUGAGAUGCAGUCGCCACGCACCGCAGUGCGCUCCGAUGUGCCCUCGCUGGUCACCUUUGGCGGCACGCCCUACACAGACAGUGACCGCUCUGUCAGCAGCAAGGUGUACCAGCUACCCGAGCCCGGUGCCCGCCACUUCCGCGAGCUCACGGAGAUGGAGGUGGGGUGCAGUCACACCUGUGUGGCUGUGUUGGACAACUUCGUGUAUGUGGCCGGUGGCCAGCACCUGCAGUAUCGCAGUGGCGAGGGUGCAGUGGAUGCCUGCUACCGGUACGACCCGCACCUGAACCGCUGGCUGCGGCUGCAGGCCAUGCAGGAGAGCCGUAUCCAGUUCCAGCUGAAUGUGCUGUGUGGCAUGGUGUAUGCCACAGGGGGCCGCAACCGCGCCGGCAGCCUGGCAUCUGUGGAGCGCUACUGCCCGCGGCGCAACGAGUGGGGCUAUGCCUGCUCGCUGAAGCGCCGCACCUGGGGCCACGCUGGCGCCUCCUCGGGGGGCCGCCUCUACAUCUCGGGGGGCUAUGGCAUCUCGGUGGAAGACAAGAAGGCACUGCACUGCUACGACCCUGUGGCUGACCAGUGGGAGUUCAAGGCCCCUAUGAGCGAGCCGCGCGUGCUGCAUGCCAUGGUGGGCGCUGGAGGCCGCAUCUAUGCGCUGGGCGGCCGCAUGGACCAUGUGGACCGCUGCUUCGACGUGCUGGCCGUGGAGUACUACGUGCCUGAGACAGACCAGUGGACCAGUGUGACGCCCAUGCGGGCUGGCCAGUCUGAGGCUGGCUGCUGCCUGCUGGAGCGGAAGAUCUACAUUGUCGGGGGCUACAACUGGCGCCUCAACAACGUCACGGGCAUUGUGCAGGUAUACAACACGGAGACGGAUGAGUGGGAGCGCGACCUGCACUUCCCCGAGUCCUUCGCGGGUAUCGCCUGUGCACCCGUCCUGCUGCCCCGCGCUGGGGCCAGGAGAUAGCCCUGGUGACCUGGGAGCCUGCUGGGCCGCACGUCCAAUGGUGCAGGACCUGGGCGCUCCCAGGCUGGACGAGUCCCCCGCUCUGGGUCCCCCGUCCCUCCCAGCCAGCUGGAUCUGGGCUUGACUCCUUGUUCCCCUAGAGUCCUGGCAGUGGGCACUGGGGUCGCCUCAGGGUCCCUGUCAGGGGCUCUCCUCAACUCCUGCUCUCCCUACCUGCAUUGGCUUUACGACGUAAGGUCCUCAGGCCUUCCCACGCCUGGGUGCCCCUGCUCUGGAAUGAGCUCACCCCACCAUGUGGUGUGCACGAGGAUGGCCAGGAUGAGGCGCCGUGAGGGCCAGGCCGUGUGGGCUGUGUCUGCCUCCCUGCCCGUCCGGACACCACCUGUCCUGGCCCUCACCCUGAGUUGGCCCUGAGCUGCGUCCCAGCGCUCGCAGAGGGCAGGCAUGCAGUACCCACCUGUUGUAUCCCGUUCCCAGAUGGAAGUGCCUGAGGCCCCCAGCUCAGGUGGGCCCAUCAGCUAGGCCAGCUGGGAACCCAGGGCGGGCAAGUCUCCCCUUCACGGCUCUGUGGCUUCUGCAGCCACAUUCAUUUUGAGCUCCAAACCUCAAAACUGCUCCUUUCUGUUUUGUUUUACUUUCUGUUUUUGUAAGGAGGCAGCACUGCUGUCUUCAAAAUGAGAUCUGUACUCUGGGGGCAGCUUAAAGCGUCUUCUUGCUGCUAACAAACGAUGGAUGUCGUGUUUGCGCGGCCUGCGCACCGUGCAAAGGAUUAACCUCAUGCCUCCGCCAACAUCGCCUCUUAAUGUCUCCUUUUAUUUAAUAAAAAUGUUAUGGUGGAAAAAUGGAGCGGCCGGCGCUGAGCCUGGGUGGCUCAGCUGAUUGGUCACAGAUUGGCGGUGGCUUCCAUGCCUCUGCGGCUCCUCUGCCCGCCACAGAGGAGCUGGGGGCUGGGCUCCUGCUACCCAGGGCUGGGGCCAUCGUCUGCCAGGCCCUUCACGUGGUACCCGGAGUGAGGCCGGGCUCUGGCUGGGGCCAGUGCCUCAUGGGCCAGGGGAGCAGCUCCAGUCCUGUGUCAGGCCUCAGCUCGGGCACAGCCUCUCCUUUCCAGAAUAGUCAGCAGUGUCCCUCAGGCUCAAAGAGUGCUUCCUGGAGUCCCCAGAGUGGCGGUCUGCUUGCUGUGAGAGCCGUAUGGCCCACACACCAGGGGUCAGUGCCCGACAGCCUCUAGAUCUGGGCCAAGCAGCACCUGGUGGGGACCUGAUUGGGCACUGCAGGGCGCUUGGAUUCGGGCUUUGGAAAGCUGGGUCCUUUCCUGGGCCUCAGCACAACACGCUGCCCCCUCCCCAAAAGCAGGCUUCCUGCUGCAGGCUCGGCCCACCAGGGGGGCAGAGGGGCCUCUGCCAGCUGCAAGUCCCCAAUCAGCUCACACCUUGGAACAUCUUGUCCCCGAUGAGCUGGCAGGGGUGUGGGCUGGGUGGGGGGCGUCGCGCCACUGACCGCGCAGAACCACACAGCAGCCCAAGGAAUGUCCUCGGCCCCCGCCCCGCCCCCAGAAGAAAGGAAAAUUAUUUUUCGUAUUGUAAACUUUAAACACGCAAAAGCUGUUUUUAAUUUAGCAGAAACUGGCUUGAACGUUCACUUUGUGAAGGUCUGUGUGCUUCCGAGAAAGGGGGAACAGGCCUGCGCGCGCACGCUCAGGAGCACACCUGUGUGUGUGGGUGUGCGUGCCAGCACCCCUGCUCACUUGUGUACACAGCAGUGGGUCACAUAUCUGCUCACUCACACGCGUGUGCGCACAAGCCCUCGUGCUGCUGGCCCGAGCCUCCCAGGGGCCUGGAGCCCGCACCUCCCUGGGGUUGCUGCUUCCUGCGGCCGAGCCUCUCCGCCAGGCCUGGCCCUGCUCCUGUGGAGCCUUCCUCCG